GGACGCAGCUGCUAGGACAUGUCCUAUUGUUUAGAUUUAGGCAUGAACGUUCAAUCUGCGAACAAUCCAGCCGAACGGUGACUGCGCCAUGAAAUUAUUGGAGUCUUCGUCCGACAAACAAGUGACAAGGUUGAGACAGGCAGAGAAUUUCACGUCUGAUGAAGCAAGAAUGAUAAGGAAUGGGGUGUUAUCGUUAAACGCUAGGCACAGGGCCCGGGCACAGAUCAUGGUUCGCAACGUUUUGGACUUCAACGCUCAAGCUUUAAUGCCCAUGGCGAACGGCUCCCAUUCGAUCAACCAUCUUUUCCCACUCUGACUGCGUCAGUUCAUGAAUGCAAUCGUAGAUAGACUUCCGAAAAUGUUCCGCCCGAGUGAAUUUGCAGACAUCCCCUAUCGGAAACGGCCAUCAAGGCACAUUGC